UCAUCAAAUAUUAACCUUUAUAAUCAGUACCGUACAUUCAACAUAUCGCCAUCUGUUGGUAAGAACGCGACAGGAAGUACAGUUCUCAGAAAUAAUUUUGUGAAAUAUUGCCAUUUCUGAACCAUAUUUAUUCAGCUGUCAUAGCUAUUAAAAAUGGGCAAUUCAAUAAAACCUCACAUUCAGAAUGCAGAAAAAACUGGCGUAUGUCAGCUGUGUAAUAUGGGCCUAACAGAGUUCCCUGGAGACCUGCUAAGAUUAGUGUCCAAUCUACGAACAUUGGACCUCUCAGACAACAAACUGCCUUCUCUUCCUCCAGCUAUUGGUACAUUUCAGCACUUAAGAAGCUUCACAGCUAAUUCAAAUAGACUUGCUCACUUUCCGGAAGAGUUCUUUACAUUAAAGAAGCUUGAUACACUGUACUUGUGUGGAAACCGUUUGACGUGUAUCCCAUCAUCAAUCACUACACUAUCCUCUCUAAAAGCUCUUCAUCUAUCUGGCAAUCAGAUCAAGAACUUUCCUACGGACAUAGGGGCUCUUAGACAUCUAGAUGUGCUGGAUCUAUCGAAGAACCUCAUUACAGAGUUACCUGAUGGCUGUCAGACUAUCCAAACUAUUGAAAUCAAUCUCAACCAAAAUCAGAUCUCAACGAUAUCUGAGUGUGUAUCCCAGUGCCCUAGACUGAAGGUGUUGAGAUUAGAAGAGAAUUGUCUUCACAUCAAUGCUCUACCAACCAAGUUACUCACAGACUCACAUGUCUCGCUACUAGCUCUUGAUGGAAACCUCUUUGAGAUGAAAAAGUUCCAGGAGAUUGACGGAUAUGAAAAGUACAUGGAGCGAUACACAGCAGCUAAGAAGAAGAUGUUUUGAUGUGAGGUACCGGUGGGCUGAUGCUGUAUGUAAAACAGUCUUCAUGUAAGACAAGCUAACGCUGCAAAUAAAUGAACUUAAUGAAGUGGAAGCAUUCUUGAGUGUAGACUACAUGUAUGGUGCCAUUAAGGGUUGAAUACAGGGAUGCAAGUGUUCUUAUAGAUGGGUAUUGCAUCUCAGUUAACUCACAUCGUACUCCUCAUCUAUGAAUACUGAAGCGCAUCAGUAGAUGUUCAUUCCACUGCUGUGGCCCACUAUUACAUCCAGGAUUUCUUGAAGAACUUUCAACUUAGCUCAUAAGAAGAUUCUAUAGUGAGAACUUUCCUUUUGGAGCUGGUUUUAUUUGAAGACGAAAUAGUUUGUACAUUGCAUUUAAGACAUAUCAGUCCUUAACAAGAAAUCUUUAUCCAAAAGAUUGACUUUUGGCUGAAAUUCUGAGCUCUGUUCUUAAUAAUGCAACAUUCAAACCUCUUCUAGCCUACAGAUAACAAUGGUAGAAGGCACGGUGAAACCAGAGGAGGUUAUAGGGUAAUAAUCGGGGCAGCGCCUUGAGUGUCACAACGUGACGGACAUGUGCGGUAUAUAAGAAGACACCAUUCUUAUUAUUAUUAUUAUAGUGGUCAUCUGAGGGCUAUGUCUCCUGAGAGUGUUGGUUUGAAAGAUUCUUAAUCCUAACAUUGCAUAAAAGACAUGGUUGCAAUAUGCACUUUAUAACUAUGGCAUGUUAUUAUUGUUAUUAACUUUUUGAUUGUUUUUUUUUUUAUCCUGAGUAAAAUCAAGCUCAGUGAUGGAGAGAGAAAAGUGAAAGAUUCUUGUUUUUGGAGAUGCUUCUGCUGUACUUAAUACUUUCAGUUAUGCAGUGGUAUCUAUCACACCUUUUUUUUGGGGGGGGGGGGAGAGGGGACAAAGUCUUCUUGAAAUAAAAAAAGUGUUUUCAUCAAUUAUAAAUCAUGAAAUAAUAAUAUAUAUCAAGAUGUACAGUUGUACACUAGAAAACAAGACUUUGAUUAAAUGAUACAAGCUUGAUGGCGCCAUAGAGGAUAAUCACUGGUCAGAUUUCUUUGGCUUGGUUCCCUUCUAUGCAUGUAUGUAUGUGGGUAGGUUGCUUGAGGAUAAUAUAAACAAUAGGAUAAACACAAACAGAAUAUACCCUUAUAUGGCUUGUUAGGUUCAUCAAUAUGUUGGAUAUAUUGAAAUCAAGGUUUUCUACUGUUCAAGUUGUGUAAGCUAAAACUACAGCUAAGGAGAUUAAGGAGCUAUAAUAGUGUUAUCACCUCAGUAUGUUGAAGUGUAGAAGAUAUGAUAUGGUGUUGGUGAUACUUACCCUCUAUGCAAAAAGCCCUGUCUUGCCCAACAUCUUACACUGAGCACAAAAAAAAAUAGUUUGCAGUUAUGCCUAACAUAUGUUGACGGGCAUUUGGCAGUCCCAUAAGAACUAAUCCAGUUAUAAAUGUUGGCAGUGAUAUGCAAACAUCCCUUGCAAAGGAUCAGGAGUGUUCUUUCAUCAAAUUGAUUCUAUUUUACAGGAUUAUGAAUUUAUGACUAUGUUUGACAUCAAUUUGAUCUCUUCAACUUCACAGCUAGGCCAUAUUCUGAAAGUAUUGUAUUUUUAUUGACCACAAGAAAAUGAGUGAAGUUAUACAAAGUUUACUGUCCUUAUUGCUCUGUUGGUGCACAGCUCACUGAUCAUCAUGUAGAUCCUUAUAUUAUGAGCAUACAGCAUUCUCCUGGGUUCAGCAAAGAUCAAAUAGAGUUUAUAUUCUGCAGACCAUCAUCUGUAUUCCAAAUGUUUUUCCUCUAGUGAUGGGUCUAUGUGAAUUAUUCCUCUUUUUUUCUUCAAUCUGUCCCUCUCUUGAUUCUCAUGAUUCUCAUGUCUUCUAUCUGUCUCCUUUUGUGUCUUUAUUCUCUCUCUCUCUCUCUCUCUCUCUCUCUCUCUCAAUGACAUGUGUGCCGUUUAUUCAUCUUUCUCCCUCACACUUUGUUUUAAUAUGUACCCUUUCUCCCCCUCUCUCUCCCCUUCUCUCUCUCUCUCUCUCUCUCUCUCUCUGUCUCUGUCUCUCUCUCUCUCUCUUUAACUAUCUUUUACUUUCCCAUUUCGGGGUCUUAUGUUCUCACAAUAUAUCCACAAUAUUUUCACCUAAUUUAUGUAUUAGCAUUUGCUAAUUUAGAAUCAUAUACAUUUUAUUUUUGCAUUUUAUAUACAUUUAUCUACAUUUCACGGACUUGUUACAUAAUAUUAGUGAUUAUUAUGAUAUAGAAAUUAUACUUGUACAGUCUGUAUUAAUUAAUUCAACAAAAAGAAGAGGAAAAAAUAUUCCAUUUACCUUCUUUUAUAUAUUCUGAAUGAUUCAAUAACCCUGUGCAAUAAUAGUGCACUCUUGUCUAUUUAAAUUGUGUAUGAUGUGUUUGUAUAGUUUUACAUGUACAUGUGUUUGUUAUAUGUACAUGGAUAUGUAUUAUUUCCAUUUCACAUAUUCUGUAUGCACCUGUGAUAACCGUAAUACAUGUAUUAAAAUAAAACUUGGAAAAUGUAA